GUUUUUAAUUGUAGCUAACAACAUGACGCUGCGUAAGGGCAUGGCAUAAUCUGGAUAAACAUUAUGAUAUUUUGCAUAUGUGACUAACUUCACACAAUACAAUUAAAAACAGGGCAGAGCGAUUUUUAUUUAUUUGACAUAGCAAGGGGAGAUAUUUGAGUGGUACACAUUUCCUGUUUCCUAGCAACAAGAGCAGGAAGUAUGUGGAAUGGGAUGGGGGAAAAAAAGACAAUUGAAAAGAUUUGUCCUUUACGUAUAGUUUGGUCAGAAAACAACGCGAAGAGGGGACAAAAUAUGCAUCGUGGGUCGAAAACCAGUUCAUCCUAAACUAAAAAAGAUUUCCUUGUGUGGCAACAUCUAGUCAGACUUCAAUGGAGGGGUGUUGACUCGUCCUUUUCCUUUCUUUUGUUGCUACCCUGGUUGGACCUUUCCAAUGAAUAGGUUCCUUUGACAGAAAGAGAGAAGCAGGAAAUCUGAUGCAUUUUUCCUUCAGCUAUUUAUACAAACUGUAUCUAGCUCUGAGAGGUGCAGCACUAUCCUGGAAUGGCUAUGCAAGAGCCAGGCAGGACCAAAGGAUUUCCCUGUAAGCACUGUGGCAUAGUGCGCUCUAGUAUGCCCAGCCUACUGGAACAUAUGGAAAGUCACUCCCAGCUAGACGAGGAUCGCAGGUUCAAGUGUGAACAGUGUGGGCGGGGCUACAGGCAUGCUGGUAGCUUGGCUAACCAUAAAAAGACCCACGAGGUGGGUUCUUUCCAAUGCCACAUAUGUCAAAGAAGCUUAUCCAAUGCUUUGGCCCUCAAGAGCCAUAUUCGAAUCCACACAUCACAGAAAAAGCACUCCUGCGUGGACUGUGGAAAGGCGUUUCGUCUGGCUACGCAGUUGGCCACUCAUGAGAAAGUCCAUCUCUCUCGACAAGCAAGGGGGAGGCCGAGUGACGUCGCGGCUGUUGAGUAUGCUCUUGACGAGGAAGAGCGAGACUACGAGAACAUCAAUGCCUUUGAACUGGAAGAGCAAGCUGCGUGUGCGUUUGGGGGCGAGCAAGAAUCAGGGUUGAAUGUUAAAUCGGAAGACUUCCCCGGUGACGAGGAGGGUGGCGGCGGAGGUGAUCGACCUUUCAGAUGUGAUCAGUGUGACAAGACGUACAGGCACCACGGCAGUCUGAUCAAUCACAAAAAGUCUCACACUGUAGGAAUGUUUGAGUGCUCCGUCUGCUUCAAGCAGUUAAAUAACCUGGCCGCUCUCCACAGCCACCAGAGAAUUCAUAACAAAACCAAGAGUGGUCCCGAGUCCAGUUCUGUAGAGGGUGUGUAUGCUGGCACAACACCGGAUCAGUUUUCACCCCCAGUCAGUGAUGCCCCCGUGCAUUUCUGUCACCUGUGUCAAGUGUUGUUUCCCAAUGACGAGGAGUUCCAGGAACACAUCCAAAUGCAUAAUUCUUCAUCCAUGUCGUUUGGACUCCACGGAGGUUUGUCAGAAGACCACAAUGUCUCCUAUGACCGCAGUGUUACACAGUCUCCGGACUCAAACUUUUAUUCACCCUCCCUAAAUGAUGCACCUUCGAUGCCCUCGUCAAUGAGUAACCAUGUGGAUUUCAGUCAGUCGCAUGACCAGAUUAGCAAUGGACAUCUGUACUCUGACCACUCCAGUAAUGAAACCUCAUUUACCAUCAAUACUCAGGGAGAGCCGUCAGUCAUGAAAUCGGAUGUCCACAACUCUGCCCUGGUGCUUGCUGAUUCUGCUGACGACCCGACUCUGAUUGAAGAGUCUUUAGCCGGUGAUUCUGACGAGCGGCGCUUUAAGUGCCAGGUUUGUGGAAAAAGCUACCGGCACGCAGGGAGCCUCAUUAACCACAAGCGGUCCCAUCAGACGGGCAUUUACCAGUGCUCAAUCUGCCGCAAGAGUUACCCACACCUGGCUGCUCUUCGCAGCCACCUCCGCAUCCACAAGGCCCACACAUCCUCCUUUAACCUCAGCUCGGAGGGAGACUGGCUUUCUCCUGAGCCCCUGACGCUCGACAACCAGCAGAGCUGCUAUCCCUCCCAGGAGGACGGGGAAGCCGGCGGCGCCGUCGCCCUCGCUCAGGAGAACGCCAACGAGCGCGGAAACGGCGCGGCGUACCGCGAGCAGUUCGACCCUGGCUUCCCCCAGGACAGGACUGUGCACCUACCUCACCACGAGCACCUGAUGAACAGGCACAUGUGCGCCGACUGCGGCGAGACGUUUGCCGACAUCGCAGGGAUCAAGUCGCACGUGUGCCCUCUACUCCAGCAGCAGCAGCAGCCCGUUUCCGACGGCUACAACGGUCAUGUGGACUUCCAGGUCACUAAUGGCCAGUGUGCCAUGGGAAACCCAGGGGAUCACAUGGAAUUUCAAGGACUCAAUGGCACUCACGACCAAAGGUACUUUGGCGAGCAAAGUUAUCACGGAGACAUGAACGGUGAGAAGAUGAACGGCGGCGGCGGCUUAGAAGGCGACGUUGACGACGAAGAGGAGGAGGAGGAUGAUGAUGACGACGGAGAACUCUACCAGUGCUCGGUGUGCGGGAACCGCUACACCAGCAUGAGGGCACUGAGGAGCCACCUCCGUGGUCACACCCAAUCCCACGGCACCCCCACCAGCUCCGGCCCGUCCUCCAUGUCUUCCCUCGAGGAGGAGAAAGAGGAGGACCCGAGGGAGAGGCAGCAGGUGGACGGAGGGCUGAUCAUCUGCAGUACCUGCGGGGAGAGUUUCACCAAGAAGCAAGACCUCCUCGCCCACCAGCAGCUGCACGAUCGAGCACAGGGCGACGUUAAACUCGGGAGCGUGGACGCGGAGGACGCGGCCAAGCCCAAAGAGGAGGGCCAGAGCAUCAUCUGUGGACACUGCGGCAUUUUCUGCAGCAGCUACGACCAUCUUGAAACCCACCACUGCUCCGCCAAGACAAAAACCGAGUCGACCGCGACAAACGAUGAAAAGGCAGACGCCGGUGAGGCCGCUGACCGACACGCGAAGGACGAUGCGGACGGGGGAGAUCGUCAGUACAAGUGUGAUCAGUGCGGACGGUCGUACCGACAUGCUGGCUCGCUGCUCAACCACAAGAAGUCGCACAAGACAGGCGUGUUCCGCUGCUUUGUGUGUCAGAAGCGCUUCUACAAUCUGCUAGCCCUCAAAAACCACCAGCGGACCCACUUUGAUGUUAAAAGGCACACUUGCCAUGAGUGUGGGAAAGCCUUCAAAAUCCAGAAGCAACUGCUGAACCACCUGAGAAUCCACAAGGAGAACCAGGCCAAAAUACAAGAACUCAACAACCAGAUCCAGGCCCUUAUGCAGAUGAAUGGGACCGGGUCAGAGGGAGGAAUGCACUCCUUAAAUGCAAACGCCAAUCAAGCCUCAACCUCGUGCAAAAGACGCAGACCACCCCCCACGUCCAGGAAGGCUGUGAGGCCUGCCAAUCAGACUGAGCCCAAUGCUGGGGUCAAAUCAGAGAACAGCGGCGACCCGCGGCCCUAUUCUUGUGACCAAUGUGGUCGGACGUACCGCCAUGCCGGAAGUCUGGUCAACCACAAGAACUCUCACAAGACUGGUGAAUAUUACUGCUCGAUCUGCAACAACACCUACUCCAAUCAGCUGGCAAUGAAGAACCACUUGCGUAUUCACUUUGCGCUAAAGAAGCACUGCUGCCAGGACUGUGGGAAAGGCUUCAGGGUAAAGAGACAGCUCACGAACCACACCUGCCCUCACCUCAAAAAGGACGUGGCGGGAGGGACGCGGGGGAGGGCCCGCAGGCGGACAAAAGACUUCAAGUGCAAGGAAUGCGGGCAGGCCUUCGUCACUGCCGACCAGCUGUCCGUCCACGCCUGCGGCGGCAGCGACGGCCAAGCGGACGUGGCCUUGAAAAAAGAGGAGCGCCCGUUCGCGUGCAACAUAUGCAACCGUAGCUACCGCCACGCGGGCAGCCUCCUGAAUCACAAGAACACCCACAAGACCGGCCACUUCAGCUGCGGCGUCUGCUCCAAGCCCUUCACCAACCCCAUGGCGCUGCGCAACCACACGCGCAUCCACACGCAGAAGAAGAAGUACGUCUGCCUCACCUGCGGCAAGGCCUUCCGAUUGGCCAGCAUCCUCCACAACCACCAGAAGGUCCACAAUCGCGUGGCCAGCCACUUCAGUUGCCCUGCCUGUGGGAAGAGCUUCCAGGGAAAGUCUGGGCUGAAGAGGCAUCGGUGCCAGAGGGGUCAGGACAGCGCGACGCGAGCAGGCGUCCAUCACGCUGAGGGGGGCGACAAGUGCUUCAUGUGUGACCUGUGUGGACGUUCGUACCGGCAUGCUGGCUCCCUCCUCAACCACAAAAAAACCCACUCAGAAAACCUCCACCACUGCACCCUGUGCCUCCAGACCUUCCCAGACCCCCUCACGCUCCAGAUCCACUCCCAGAUGAAGCGCCACUGCUGCCCCGAGUGUGGGAAGACUUUCUGCCUGAUAGCUCACCUGCAGAGCCACAUGGAGACGCACAACAAGGAGAGGACCCUGGUGUGCAGCCCCUGCCAGCAGAGCUUCCCCAGCACGGCCAGCUACCAGCAGCACCAGGAGCUGCAGCAUCGAGCCCCUGGCCAGUACCAGCCGCGCAGUGAGGGGGCUGGGGCCCACAUGCAGGAGGACUUGGGCUGGGGCUCAGGGAUGGACCAGGACAUGGGGCUCCAGGGGAUCCCCAAGCUGGUGCCGGCGUUCGCCCACAUGCACGGCGGCAUGUCCGGGGAGGAGGCGGCGGCGGCGGAAGGCCAAGCGGACGCCCACGGUUCCGAGGAGAAGAGCCACGUCUGCGAGCACUGCGGCCGCACGUACCGCCACGCCGGCUCGCUGCUCAACCACAAGAACAGCCACAAGACGGGCUCGUUCUUCUGCUCCGUCUGCCAGAAGGAGUUCUCCAACCUGAUGGCCCUCAAGAACCACCGGCGCAUCCACACGGAGCCCAAGCGCUACCAGUGCCUGGAGUGUGGCAAGGCGUUCCGCGUGUCCACCCAGCUCAUCUGCCACCGGCGGAUCCACACGAAGGAGAAGCCCUUCUCCUGCCUGCUGUGCGACAAGCGCUUCUCCAGCAAGUCCAACCUGCGACACCACCAGAAGAUGCACCAGAGCACGCAGUCCUACGAGUCCUCCUUCAGCAUGGACGCCAAUUCCUUCAUGGAUCUGGACAUGGGCUCUUUCCUCUGAAGCAGGGUGAUCACCUCGACUAGACAGAACGGGUUCUAUUGUCCAGUCUCACCCUACUCGUCAAUAAUUGUAAAGUAAGAUAUUUUUGGAAGAGUUUCCACAGAAAGCGUCUUCAAGUCUUAGUAUGGAUGCCCUCAAAGAUGCUUCACGUGCUUAUCCUAUUUUGAACAUAAUUUUAUGGUUGUGGUGGAGAUGCAAGUCUGGUGGAGAGACUUCGGAUCUUACCUCAGAAAUAGAUUGAGACACUAACAAAAGUCCAGGACGGGUGAGUAAGCCUGAUUGUAACAUCAAAAGUUUGAUUGUUUUCCAUGAAGUGCACAGAAUGGAAACUAAAUCCGGAACUUGAAACAGUUUGAGCGCUGCAACUGGACUGUGACUUCAUUCCUCUCUUAAAAUACCCCCCUCUCCCCCCCAGUCAACCAAAGCAAACACCACAGACAACUACUUUAUCCAGGUCUCACUCAACACACUAGUCUACACAUAGAUGAUUUGUCUUUUUUAUGAGCAAGUGCUGUUCCAAGAAUAGUAAUUUCCUCUCUUGAUAUGUAUUGCUGUGUUCAGUGCCUCUGUAAGUUUCUUGCUCUGCUGUGCCCAUGAAGUAUACAGGCCCUUAUAGUUCCUCCUGGGCCCCUCUGUGUUGUCCUAGUUCUGAAUGGACUGGUCAGUAUGCCCCAUGUGCUGUAGUGUAGACUAGGACAACUCUGUUAGUGUGAGGAAGCAGAUACUGUACCACUGGACCGGUCCAGAUCAUGAUAGAAAAUUGUAUUUACCGUAAUCAUAUAAUCAAUUACUCGGUUUUUAUUGAUGAUUAUAUAUUUGAGUUCACCUGAAUGGCAUUGUAUGCUAAAUGGACAUAUUUAAUAAUUUAUUCCUGUUCUAUUCAUUUAUUUUAAAUUUUCUGUGUGUAUACUUUAUUAUACUAGAAAACAAACGUUUUUAUGAAUGUUAAACUUGUAAAUUGAAAAUGCUUAAUAUGUAGCUUUUAAGAAGAUUCAUAAAUGUAUCUUAUGAUUUCAUAUAUACUCAAUCGGUUCAACCCUGCAGGUAGAAAUGCCUUGAUCAGGGACGAUGGUCUUGAAGCACUCAGGUUCCCCACCUUCAAAAGGAUAAUACCUGACGUGGAUAACAUUGUAGAUAAUCGUGUCUACAGUGUGUCUGACCUGGGCAUGAUAUUGUUCACAGGUGCCAUUUCACCCCAUUGUCUCUCGCACAAGUGAGAGUUGUAGCCUUUGUCGUCUCUCAGUUCUAAGGCUCAAAUGGCCCUGGCUGUCCGAACCCUCCUCCUUCGUGCUCUGUCUCCUUGUGCUCUCCUUUGAAAUGUAUAACAAAUGUCAAAGUGCCAGUGCCUAAAUUUGUGAGUCAAGAGUGUAGCAAUUAUCCAGUGUGAAAUUACUCUCUCCAAUCAGCAGAAACUGUAGAACACGAAAUGUGUAUUUGACUUUGUAUUAUUUUACUUCUGUUGAAGAUCAAGCUUUAAUUUGAUUCACACUUGCGAAUAUGGUCAUCAUUCCAUGAGUUUGUUACUUGAAGAUGAUUAUUUGGUUUAUUUUACGAUGAGAUUAAAUAGUAAUAACUUGCCAUGUGCAAUUAAGUGACAGUUAGGGAAGAAUAUAAUUCUGUCAAGUCUAGGGAAAACAAUACGCAUCCAUAGAAUGAAUUUGGCUUCUGCACAAUGUUGCAUCUUUUGGCUUCCCCAAGAAAAGACCCUGUGUUUUUUCAUUCAGUAUGUUGAAUAUGGUCACCAGGAGAUGUGUUCACCUUGUUUGUGUUUAUUAUUGCCUUACGCUAUGUAAAAUAUGGCUGUGGGUGGUAAGAUGUAUAAAAUACCUCAUGGAGAGCCUUGCCAAUCCAGCAACCAAUAUUUAAAUCCUUCGCUGGUUUAUCAUAGAGUAAUUCGCUAUAACAGAUGGUCCACUCAUCAUGUUGUCGUCAUUGCAAUCCUUAAGUGAUUCAUCGAAUGAGCAUUCUUGACGAGCCUUUUCAAAACCAUGAACUUCCGUUUAGAUUCUACAAGGACAGUUUCAUACACCUUCUUGACAACACUGAUUUUGAAAGGACAUUAUUUUCCUCGUAUACCCCGUUGCCUCAGAUCCUAGUGUCACAGGUGCAGCAGGUCCAUGUAGCCCAAGUCUCACCUUUCUACCAAUUAAAACAAAAAAAAGCAAUAUGUUGAUAGGACUGUUUACUGCCCAUUAUUUCAGGUACAGUGUUGUCUACUUACAUAAUGUAUGUACUGUACAUCUUAUGUUUUGUAAGAUUGUAAUUUUGUUGUCUUCAUGUAUUUAAACAUGUAUACCGGGUACACUAAUAUAGUAGUAUAUAUUAAUGGUAUACACAGCUUGAGUUAACCGAACGGCUAAGGACCUUUACUUAAGAUAUUAUUCAGAAUGACUUGCCAACACCUGAGCAUCCUUUUCAAUUCCAUUAUUUUGAAUUUCCUAUGACAAUGUAUUUUCAUACGCCAUUGUUACAAAUGUCCAGAGUGUUAGUCUAGUAAUCUCAGAAUUGUUCACUGUUUGCUAAAGCAUCCAUAUUCUAUCCCACCUGGCACUUAUUUUUAUGUACACUCCUCUUAGCCGUGAUCAUAACCCUGUAAAAUUUCUGAGAGUUCUGUAAAUAUUGGAUUUGAACUUCAGUUGGGUUUUCUGUACAUUCAGAGCAAGAAUAUCUUCCACGUUAGGAAACAACUGAUAGUCUAGCUAUUGUGUAAUAAAAAGCGUAUACCACACGUCAUUUUAUUGAAUUUUCAAAAAUGUUUCAAAACUCAUGUUUGCUCAAUAUUUAAUUCAUAUUUAUAUGAACCUGUAUAUAUAUUUUGUCACUUUGAAAUGUAGAUUUUUACUUCUUUGUUAGUAUCAUGAACUUAAGUAAUAAGAAUAUAAACACCAUUUGAAAAAUUAGUUGUUGAAAUUAAAUUACGGAAA